AUGUCCACCAACGACGCAUCCGUCCCCGCGGAGACCAACAGCCUCUCCCCUUCCGCCCCUGCGACAAACAAGACUCAGAGCACAGAUGCCCAAGGCCAAUUCACCGAAGCUGUGGAUGAAUUGAUAGACCAGCUGCAGCAUAAAUUCGAUACCGUGUCCAGGGAUAUGUUUGGGAAGUUUGAUGAUAUGGCAAGACGACUAGAUGAUUUGGAGGCUUCGUUGAGUGUUGCGGCAGAUGCGGGGGCAACGUCGACCUCGACUCCGGCCAAAUAA